UUUGAAUUAAGGAAAGGCGGGCUGCUAAUUCACUCUGCUUAACUUUUCCCUCUUAAAGAAUUGUAGCCAAAUUAUUUUCAGUCACAUUUGAUUCCAAAAAAUCCCAUUUGUCAAAAUCCUGGUUUCUUGAUUUCCAGAAAGAAGCAGAAAAUGAGUAACCGAAACCGUCCGCUAAGGUGGUCCGACGUCCCACCGUGUUAUCGCUUCUUACCGACACCAGAAGUCCUUCUGAUGCUCCUCAAGCACAGAGUAACGGGUCACCCGAAUGAGAACCCGUUUCUAAUCGAGAAGGACCUUUUCGGAAGUAAUGCGACGCCAUGGGUGAUCUUGAACGAGUCUGACCGGGCUAAUCGAUGGGUGGAUGUUCAGGACGUUGAUUGCGAAGUCAUCGGGAGACAAAUUUGCGUCAUCACCAGGAUUCCUCGGGUUGGAAUUGGAGAGGAUAAAGUCAUGGCCGCCGGUUGCGGUGCUUGGUGUGAAACCAGUGGUCCAAGAUUUGUGCAGAGUGAGAGCCGCGUCAUCAUCGGCGUUACCAGAACCUUGGAAUUUCGGUCGGAAUCUGUGGCCGUCGGGGACCGUUGGGUUAUGGAGGAGUACGCACUCGCCGGGGAUUUUCUUUCUCCCAACGACAGCACUGAAUACGUCAUCGUUAGAAUUACCAAGUCGGCGGAAGGUGGCGGCGCGGCGGCGGCGGCGCCCAAUUCCUCAAGUUAAUCCAAUAAUAAUUGGACAUGUGCUUUUAAUCAUGUCGAUAUUCUUUUGUGCUUACUCAAAUUUGUAGGGUAUUCAGUAGUUUGAUGAGGAAGAUUAUGCCCAAAUCUUGUAGCUUCUGGAUAGAUUGAUUGGGUUUUGUUUUUUGGAAAGAUAGAAAUCCAUCUUGUUGUUAUGCUGAAGUGUGAAUAUUUUUC